AUGGACCAACUCACCAAUAUGUACAGGAAUGUUGAGGUCCAAUUAGGGCAAAUAACAAAUGUGGUUAACAAUCGCAACCAAGGGGAUUUACCUAGCAAGACUGAGGUGAACCCAAGGGAGUAUGUGAAGGCUAUAACCCUCCGUAGUGGUAAGGAGGUAGGUGAGCUGCCUGUAGUUGAAUGUGAGAAAGAAUGUGAAAGAAGAGAGAACAAGCAAUUGAGUGAGUUAGGAGAGGAUGGCAAGAAAAUCAAAGGGAAAGAAAAGAUGGAGGAAAAUGAACCACAAAUGAGAGAUACAACACCAAUUCCUCCACCAGUGCCAUUCCCACAAAGAUUGAAACCUUCGAGAAAUGACAAAGAAUUUGAAAAGUUUGUCAACAUUUUCAAACAAUUACAUAUUAACAUUUCUUUUGUUAAUGCUAUUUUACAGAUUCCUUCAUACGCAAAGUUUUUCAAAGAGAUAAUGACUAAGAAAAGGAAGUUAGUAGAUAGUGAGACAAUUGCAUUAACGGAAGAAUGUAGUGUCAUUAUACAAAACAAGUUGCUACCAAAGUUGAAAGAUCCAGGAAGUUUCACAGUUCCUUGCACUAUUGGUAAUGUAGAAUUCUCUAAAGCACUUUAUGACCUUGGUGCAAGUGUUUCAUUGAUUCCUUUACCUGUAGCUAGGCAAUUGGGGUUAAAAGAGUUAAAACGUACUAACAUUUCCUUACAAUUGGCUGACAGGUCUAUUAGACAUCCAAUGGGCAUAUUGGAGAAUGUGCUCACUAAAGUGCAGAAAUUCAUUAUUCCUGUCGAUUUUGUUGUUUUAGAUAUGGAGGAAGAUGUCAAUGUACCUAUUAUACUUGAUAGGCCAUUUCUAGCCACCGCAGGUACAAUAAUAGAUAUUAAACGUGGUAAGUUCAAGUUCCAAAUAGGUGAAGAGGAAUUGAAAUUUGAUUUGAGUAAAGUGGAGAAAUAUCCCUCUUUUAUCGACCAUGUCUAUUCUAUUGACAUGUGUGAUGAAUUGGCAUUAGAGAUGAGUCAAGCACAGGUUCCUUACAAAAGGAGAAAUGCAUAUGAGGAGUUAGGACUGAGUAAAGGGCUACCUCCACCAUCAUGUGAGCAAGCACCACAGCUUGAGCUUAAACCACUGUCUAAACACCUCAAAUAUGCGUUUCUUGGAGAAAAAGAGACAUUGCCGGUAAUUGUCAAUGCAGCACUAGAUGAGGAACAACUAGACAAGCUCUUACGUGUUCUGAGGAAGCAUUUAAAGGCUAUAGGAUGGACGAUUUCUGAUAUCAAGGGAAUUAGUCCAACUAUUUGUAUGCACCGGAUUUUGUUAGAAGAAAAUUCUAAGCCGGUGGUUGAGACUCAAAGAAAGAAAUCCAAAUAUGAAAGAAGUGGUAAGAGUAGAAAUCCUUAA